AUGGGGACCCCCAGGGGAGCCGGUCCUUUCCCUCUGUUGCUAUGGUUACUGGUUGGUCUGGUGGAGGGGGCGCGCGGAGGCCUCUGGGAGUUGCGCUCCCUCGCCUGCAGCUUCCGGUCUGGAUGCGACUGCGACUUCCGGCCUGACCUCCACGGCCUAGAGUGCGACCUGGCCCUGCACCUUGCUGGGCAACCCCUGGCCCGGCGGCUGGUCACCAAGGCGGUCGGGGACUUCGUGCAGGAGCCGGCGCCCGCCAAGCCCCUGGUGCUGUCCUUCCACGGCUGGACUGGCACGGGAAAAUCCUACGUCAGCUCCCUGCUGAUCCGCUACCUCUUCCGGGAUGGACUGCGCAGCCCCCACGUCCACUACUUCUCCCCCAUCGUCCACUUUCCCCACCCCGACCGCAUCCACCUCUACAAGGAGGACCUGAAGGGCUGGAUCCAGGGGAACCUCACGGACUGCGGCCGCUCCCUGUUCCUCUUUGACGAGAUGGACAAGAUGCACCCGGGGCUAAUAGACGUCCUGCGCCCUUUCUUGGGUCCCUCCUGGGUGCUCUUCGGCACCAAUUACCGCAAGGCCAUCUUCAUCUUCAUCAGCAAUGCCGGAGGGGAACAGAUCAACCAACUGGCCCUGGAGUCCUGGCGCCUCCGGAAGGACCGGGAGGAGAUCCGCCUGCAGGACCUGGAGCUGGCCAUCUCCAAGGCCGUCCUGGACAACCCUCAGCAUGGCUUCUGGCAGUCGGGAAUCGUGGAGGAGCAGCUCAUCGACCUGCUGGUGCCCUUCCUCCCCCUCCAGCGUCACCACGUGCGGCACUGUGUGGCCAACGAGCUGGCCCAGCAGGGCUUGGAGCCCCUGGAGUCUACGAUCGAGGCCGUCGUAGACAGCAUCACCUACUUCCCCGAGGAAGAAAAACUCUUCUCCUCCAACGGCUGCAAAACCGUGGCCUCCCGCAUUCCCUUCUUCAUGUGACCCCGGGGGCCCCGGGUCAGGAGCCUCGGCCUCCGAAACCCAACGCUCACGACCAGGCACGGACAGACGGGAACGCCCGCCCACCUCGGCCCUGGGCGGGGCUCUCCUCCACCACUUGUGGCUUCACCCUUUGCCCCCGCCGGCCCGCCGAAAGCAAGCGAGGCGGGACGGGACGUGAUUGCCACGAGGGCAGAGAACCGCACCCGGUCACGAGGGGCCGGGGAUGCCCUCCUGACGGCAUCUCGGCCUGGCCCGGCCCCAAAACAACCACUGCUGUCUGGGCCAGUCCCCAGGGAGCCAAGACCAAAAGGCUUCAUCUGAGCCCAACCCAACCCCCUUCUUUACGACUGUUCUGUGAAUCACUGCCUCUCAGGGAUGCUACGUUGCGAAGCUGUUAAGCUAAGCUCAGACUGGUAUUAAUUUCUGGGUCUUUGCUCCUCCCCAGCCUCUCCCCAACACCGGCAGGGGCUGCGCCCCCACAGCUAGACCACCAUCUCUUCCUUCCCAGGUGUGCUUCAGGGUUUCCCUGCAGCAAAGGGAGAGGCCGCCUGGCAGAGGUGAACAGCCGGGAGCGGACAGGCCGCCUAGGAAGACCUGCUCAGCCGUGGCUGGUCCAGGAUGGAGCGGGAUCCUCAUCUUCCAGUAAACCAGGGCUGGGCACUUCCCCACAUCACGAGUGCCCACGGACAGAGACCCACCAACACGGUGCCAGUUCUCAAAUCAUUUUAUCUUUGCCAAAAAAUAAAAAGAGGCCCUGAGCCUGAACCCCGGUGGGCUCCUACCUGC